UGGGCUUAUUUAGUGAUUAUGAGUUUGACGAUGCUUUCAACCUUCCACUUAUCAAAGGAUUGUAUGGUUUAAUACCCAGGCUUGUCACUUAAGUUCGCUUGAAAUAACAAAAGCUGCUCUAAUUGUCGGUGUUGUUGACGUAUUAAUCAUGCGGCGCCGUUGAUCCUAUCCAUAAAGUAAUGGCAGAGGCUUAUCACAACGAAGCAUUAAGAAAACAAAAGAUUAUCGACAAAAUGUACGAAGCAUUAGCAAGGAUUGAAAACGGGCAGCAACUGGAAGAUGACAGAAGAAGGUCUGAAGAGCAAAGACAUCGAUAUGAAAUGGCUGAGAAAGAGCAUGAAAAGACAAGGAAGAGAGAAAGAUACUUAAAUAGUAUGGGACGAACUAGCAAGAACACACAAGGAGUGAUCAAUGCCAAUUUUGUCCACAUGUCCGAAGAAAAGAAGAACAAAAUUUGCCAGAGAGAUCUACGUCACCAGGAAAGAAUACUACGUGACAGUUGCCUUGUGAUGGGUCAAGUGAAUGAGAAUUUUCUAGCUUGACAAAACUGGUUGUUGAUGACAUCCAUGACUAAACUGAAAUAACAUGUUUUAUUUAGCUUUGUUGCAGUUUGUGCUAUUUGAACUUCUCCAUCUGUGUCGAUGUUCGUCAUCAUUGGAUAUUCUGUUUGUUAUUGUUUUUGUCUGUUUUUCUUGCUUUGGAUAUAUCACCUCCUAAUCUUUUGUUGAUGGAGAAAAUUUUUGGCACAUAAGAAAAAUUCCAAUCACUGUGAAAUUUUAAAUCUAGUAAUUCUUAUACCCACAGGACAGGAAAUUGUGAGAAUGUUUGAGAAGCAAAUAAUUCUUAUAAGUUCAUACUUUGGAAAUAGUUUUAAAGCCUUGUUAUCAUAAAAUGUAAGUUUGUUUACACAUAAUUUGAUAUCAAAAUUAUCUUAUAACUGUAUUGUCAGAAUGAGCAGGAAAUGUCCUCCGUCCAAUCCAUUUAACAAUCAUAUUUCAGGUUGAAGGUCGUAGAGCUGAUCACGUACAAUAUUCUACCCUUAGAAAUUUCCAAAUUCCAAACACAAACUCUUUGAAGGAUAAUCUUAACAAUUUAAGGUUUAUUGCUGCAUUUGAUCUCAAAUUUAGAGUGUUUGGUGAGUUGAAAAAAUCUGUUAUGAUUUUAGAUACUCUUGUAGCUGUAAAUUUGUUAGCUGGUGGUGCAUAUAGUGUAGUAUCCUUCUUGCAUGCAUGCAUCUUUUUGCAAGGCAGAUGUGACUAAUGCAGGAUGUAGCCCAUGACCUGUGUGUAAUAAAACAGUUUUUGCUUGUCUGUACUGUAUCAUA